GCCAUGGAUAGCGACAGCCGGGGUGGGCGACAGUCAGGGCCUUUGGUGGGGGGAUUUAGGGCUCUUCCUCUGUCUUUGCUCUCUCUCUCUCUCUCUCAAACUUAAUUUUUAAAUAAUAGUACAGUGCUGUGCAGUGGAGAGGUCUUAAAACAUGAUGGCAGCGCACAGGAUUUGGAUAUUAUUUGGGGUUGCAACUACUCUCGGGACAUUACUGGUUCAGGUGCAGUGUAAUGAGGAGUCGCAUCUGAUCGGCGACUUGUUCAAAAGUUACAACAAGAAUAUUCGCCCAGUGGUUCAACCUGAAGACAAGGUGCAGGUCCAGAUCAAGCUGACCCUCACCAACCUUAUCUCUCUGAAUGAAAAGGAGGAGACUCUGACGACCAAUGUGUGGAUUGAGAUUCAAUGGACUGAUUAUCGCCUUGCUUGGAACAUAUCUGAAUAUUAUGGAAUCGAACUCAUUCGUGUCCCAUGCAACACUGUUUGGCUUCCUGACAUUGUCCUUGAGAACAACAUUGAUGGCAAGUUUGAUGUGGCUUACUAUGCCAAUGUGUUGAUCGGCAGCAGUGGUUCGAUGUACUGGCUGCCUCCUGCUAUCUACCGCAGCACUUGUGCCAUUGAGAUCACCUUCUUCCCAUUUGAUUAUCAAAACUGCACACUAGCAUUCAGAUCCCAGACAUACAGUGCCAAUGAAGUUGAUCUCAUCUUAGCUGUCAGUGAAACAGAUGAAACUAUUGAGUGGGUGGACAUCGACCCUGCGGCUUUCACAGAGAAUGGUGAGUGGGCCAUCGUCCAUCGUCCAGCCAGGAAGAUGAUCAACACACGGUAUUCCCCUGAUGACCUAGAGUAUCAGGAGAUCACGUUCAAUCUGAUCAUCCAAAGGAAGCCCCUCUUCUAUGUCAUCAAUGUCAUCCUGCCUUGCUCCCUCAUCUCCUCAUUGGUGGUACUGGCCUACUUCCUACCUGCACAAGCUGGGGGACAAAAGUUGACUGUGUCCAUCUCUGUCCUGCUGGCUCAGACUGUUUUCCUCUUUCUUAUUGCUCAGAAGAUCCCUGAGACGUCGCUCUCUGUCCCUCUCAUCGGCAAGUACCUGAUCUUUGUUAUGUGUGUCACUACUCUCAUUGCUACUAAUCAAAUUGUGGUGCUGAACUUCUCCCUGCGUAGCCCCAACACUCAUACCAUGUCUCAUACCAUCAAACAUGUGUUCCUGGAAAUGGUACCUCGCUUCCUAGGCAUGUCCCCACUGGUGGAUGACAGUGAGGUGACAACAGAGGUAAACGGAGUGAGGGAGCGGCGGCGCAGCUCCUUUGGCCUCAUGCAGAGAGCUGAGGAAUACGUACUGAAACAACCUCGCAGUGAAAUGAUGUUUGACAAACAAAGGGAGAGACAUGGUCUCACACGAUCGAUUGUGGAUAAUAUAGAUGUCAGCAGCACAGCCAACCUGUAUAAGAGUUUGGCCCAAGCUGCUCCUGAAAUCAAGCAGUGUGUGGAUGCCUGCAAUUUCAUUGCUGAGAGUACAAGACAACAAAAUAACUUUGGAUCUGAAAUUGAAAGCUGGGUUCUGAUUGGGAAGAUGAUUGACAAGGUGUGUUUCUGGGCUGCCUUUCUCCUCUUCAUCAUCGGUACAGUGGGGAUCUUCUUAACAGGACACUUCAACCGGGCACCUGAAUUUCCAUUUCCUGGGCAGAGCAAAAAAUUUCUCCCGAGUUAAAAAAACAACAACGUUUUUCUCUGAUGAAACCUUUCCAAGGGUCAGUGAGCCUCACGCUGUCUAUGAGGCUGGGCAAUCUUGCUCAUUGAGUCCGAUGCUCAGAUUCAGGGUUGGGUUGUUUUAAUAACAGCUAUUUAACAUGAAAUCUGUCUGUGUUCAUAAUCACAGCUCAGACUUAUCUUCGUGAACACUUGUCAGGCAGCUGAGGGCUUUCAUUUAAACUUGUAACUUAGUUCUUCUCCAUCUUAGUGUAAGUUGUUUGGAUUUAUAAAUUAAAUGGGUGGAUCAGGUCUAGUUAAAAAGUGAUAUUUUAAAUCCUCAUUUUUAUCAUCAUCAUAAAAAAUCAUACAAAGUACAAUUAUUAUUGGUCAGUUUUGUCGUAUAAAAGACUCAACAGUGUGAGUUUAAGCAGGUUCAGACUUCAGGUCAAGGCUGAAGGAGAUUCAACACCACAUUGAGAAAGUUAUUUCUGUGGCAGCGAAGAACAAAUAAAACAAAACGACUGGAGCCUUAUGUAUUACAUGGAUCCAUAAUAAGUGUAUUCAUACAUAGCAAUAAAGAAGGUUCAUUAACUGAUUUUAUUUACAUUUGGUGUGCUAAAGAGAAUCAUCUUUCAUGGGCUUAUAAGAAUAACCAUGUAUCACACUGCAAAACAUGUCUGCUAAAGUCUGGAUACUUUUCACUGCAUGCACUAUGUCUUAUGUGAAGAACCUGUGCAUGUAACUUGAGCCAGCCAUCUCUGAAUCAAAGCCUAAUUCUUCUUACUAUGACUAUUAGAAAGCCUUGUUACAGUAGAUGGGUCGGAAGGAUAUUGUCUUGAUUCAUUGUGCCACAUUUUCUAAAUAAAUAUAUUAUUUUGUGCAUUGUGACUUGUUUAAUCAAUUUAUUACAAAGUGUGAGUUGUGUAAAAAAACAAGUGUUACAUAAAAUUUGAAAAAGGCUUUAAAAUCUUGAAUGAAAUCCAAAGUAGCUCAAUGUAGUUCAUACUGUCUGAGUGGACCACAUGCAUGUCAGAAAUGUCCCAAAAAAAGAGAAAAUUAUCAAUACUGCGCAUCAUAAUUCACACUUGCAAUAUGGCUAAAUACACUUUGUGUUUGUGUCUGCUGUUCUUCAGGGGUGUUUGUCCUUCUGCUGAGAAACUUUAGCACGCUCAGCUGGAAGUGUAAAUAUUAUGUAAUUCAACCAUUAAAACAGUUUGUUCUCUUUA